UCUUUUGAUCGACUGAAAAGUUAUUUAAUGACAAUAAAUUAAGAAAAACUAUAAAAAUCGUAAAUUUCUCAUUUGAGUUAUCUGCAGUGAGUGUAGCGUCCAAGUUAAACUCUUAAGGUCAGAUAUCCCUUAAAUAAUAUCUUCUUAUAAACACUAACAUGUCUUAUAUACAUGGAGGAUAAUGAUUGGAAAUUGUUAUUAAAUAAAUUUAAUUUUUUCCCAGUUACCUUUAAAUAUGCCACUGCUCCUCCCCUCCCAAAAAAGGCUUUGAAUAAAAUCUUAAGACUUGUAAAAAUUAUACAUAAUAAACCUACUUUACUACAUUUUUAUUUUAUAAUUACAAGCUAAUACAAUAAAAAACUGGUUUAAAAAUCUGGUGAAAUCAAUAAAUACUAUAUGAUCAUAAACAGAAUAGUAUAGUAACCAAGUAGUUGUGUGAAAAAUAAAUAAGUGUUGUUAUAAGAACAAAACAACAAAGUUUUUUUCUGAAAAUAUGUAAGAUAACAUCAGUAUCUAUAAAUAAUUAUAAGCACCUUAUAACAUACUCUACAGUAACAUUUUAGUGAUUUGGAUUUAUAAACUAUAAAAUUAAUGAUUUAACUGAUUGACAAGGCAAUACACAAUACUCGUGUGACGUUGGCAAUAAAUUCUUUACUUAUACAAGCAGGCUGCCGACUCACCAGCGGACGCUAUGGAGAAGAAUCAUUAUCCAUGUGAUGUAUGUGACAAGUCGUUUGCCCAAAGUGGCACAUUGACAAUUCAUAGACGGACGCACACAGGCGAGAAACCAUACGUAUGCGACGUAUGCGACAAGUCGUUUGCUGAAAGUAGCACUUUGACAAUUCAUCGACGAACACACACGGGCGAGAAACUAUACGCAUGCGAUGUAUGCAACAAGUCGUUUGCUAAAAGUGGCACAUUGACAAUUCAUCAACGAACACACACAGGCGAGAAACUAUACGCAUGCGACGUAUGUGACAAGUCGUUUACCCAAAGUGGAACAUUGACAAUUCAUAGACGGACGCACACAGGCGAUAAACCAUACGCAUGCGACGUAUGUGACAAGUCGUUUGCCCAAAGUGGCAGAUUGACAAUUCAUCGACGAACACACACAGGUGAGAAACCAUACGCAUGCGACAUAUGUGACAAGUCGUUUGCUGAAAGUAGCACUUUGACAAUUCAUCGACGAACACACACGGGCGAGAAACUAUACGCAUGCGACGUAUGUGACAAGUCGUUUGCCCAAAGUGGCAGAUUGACAAUUCAUCGACGAACACACACAGGUGAGAAACCAUACGCAUGCGACAUAUGUGACAAGUCGUUUGCUGAAAGUAGCACUUUGACAAUUCAUCGACGAACACACACGGGCGAGAAACUAUACGCAUGCGAUGUAUGCAACAAGUCGUUUGCUAAAAGUGGCACAUUGACAAUUCAUAGACGAACACACACAGGCGAGAAACCAUAUGCAUGCGACAUAUGUGACAAGUCGUUUGCUAAAAGUGGCACAUUGACAAUUCAUAGACGAACACACACAGGCGAGAAACCAUAUGCAUGCGACGUAUGUGACAAGUCGUUUGCCGAAAGUGGCAAAUUGACAAUUCAUAGACGAACACACACAGGUGAGAAACCAUACGCAUGCGACAUAUGUGACAAGUCGUUUGCUAAAAGUGGCACAUUGACAAUUCAUAGACGAACACACAAAGGCGAGAAAACGUGCUUGAGUGAUAAUCAUUAUCCAUGUGAUGUAUGUGACAAGUCGUUUGCCCAAAGUGGCACAUUGACAAUUCAUAGACGGACGCACACAGGCGAGAAACCAUACGUAUGCGACGUAUGCGACAAGUCGUUUGUUAAAAGUAGCACUUUGACCAUUCAUAGAAGAACACACACGGGCGAGAAACUAUACGCAUGCGACGUAUGUGACAAGUCGUUUGCCCAAAGUGGCACAUUGACAAUUCAUAGACGGACGCACACAGGCGAUAAACCAUACGCAUGCGACGUAUGCGACAAGUCGUUUGCCGAAAGUGGCAAAUUGACAAUUCAUCGACGAACACACACAGGUGAGAAACCAUACGCAUGCGAAAUAUGUGACAAGUCGUUUGCUGAAAGUAGCACUUUGACAAUUCAUCGACGAACACACACGGGCGAGAAACUAUACGCAUGCGACGUAUGUGACAAGUCGUUUGCCCAAAGUGGCACAUUGACAAUUCAUCAACGAACACACACGGGCGAGAAACUAUACGCAUGCGACGUAUGUGACAAGUCGUUUACCCAAAGUGGAACAUUGACAAUUCAUAGACGGACGCACACAGGCGAUAAACCAUACGCAUGCGACGUAUGUGACAAGUCGUUUGCCCAAAGUGGCAGAUUGACAAUUCAUCGACGAACACACACAGGUGAGAAACCAUACGCAUGCGAAAUAUGUGACAAGUCGUUUGCUGAAAGUAGCACUUUGACAAUUCAUCGACGAACACACACGGGCGAGAAACUAUACGCAUGCGACGUAUGUGACAAGUCGUUUGCCCAAAGUGGCAGAUUGACAAUUCAUCGACGAACACACACAGGUGAGAAACCAUACGCAUGCGACAUAUGUGACAAGUCGUUUGCUGAAAGUAGCACUUUGACAAUUCAUCGACGAACACACACGGGCGAGAAACUAUACGCAUGCGAUGUAUGCAACAAGUCGUUUGCUAAAAGUGGCACAUUGACAAUUCAUAGACGAACACACACAGGCGAGAAACCAUAUGCAUGCGACAUAUGUGACAAGUCGUUUGCUAAAAGUGGCACAUUGACAAUUCAUAGACGAACACACACAGGCGAGAAACCAUAUGCAUGCGACGUAUGUGACAAGUCGUUUGCCGAAAGUGGCAAAUUGACAAUUCAUAGACGAACACACACAGGUGAGAAACCAUACGCAUGCGACAUAUGUGACAAGUCGUUUGCUAAAAGUGGCACAUUGACAAUUCAUAGACGGACGCACACAGGCGAGAAACCAUAUGUAUGCGACGUAUGUGACAAGUCGUUUGCUAAAAGUGGCACUUUGACAAUUCAUAGA